AUGGCAGAAGCAGCAUUUCGUUUGCCGGAGAAACUAAACAUUACGGAAGGUAAUAUUGCCGAAAAUUUCCGGAAAUGGAAACGACAAGUGGAAAUUUACAUGUCGGCGAGCGGUACCGCGGCGAAGGACAAUGUAACCCAAGUUGCUAUUAUUUUGCAUUGUGCGGGUCCACACGUGGUUGAACUGUUUGAUCAAUUCACAUGGGAUAACGAGGAUGAUGAUAAGGAUCCCGAUAAAGUACUCAAAAAACUUGAGAAAUACUGUAAUCCCCGAGCGAAUGAGGUUAUUGAAUCACACAGAUUCUGGUGUGUACCGUGGCAGGAACCAUUCGACAUUUUCCUUACGGAGUUGAGACACAGGGCCGAUCGAUGUAAUUUUGGCGCCUUGAAGGAUCGUCUGAUCAGAGACAAGAUUAUUUUCUCAUGUCAAGGUAAGCUUCAGCUACAGUUAUUGAAAGACGACAGUAACACUCUAGAAGGAACUAUUAAACUGUGUCGUGCUUUUGAACAGUCAGCAAAUCAUGUGAAAGAAUUGAGGGAUGGCGGUGUGUCAGUCGCUACUAAAGUAAACAAAGUCACAAAGGCUCAUCGUAAAACCAGUAACAGUAAUCGGAGUCAACAUUCCAAUGACGAAAAUAAGAAACCCGGUGCUGGACGCUCUGUGAAACCCAGCAGACCCAAAAAACCGGAGGACAGACACGGGAAUGAUACACAGUGUGAGGAUAGUGAUGACGACAAUUAUCAUUGGCUAUCAGCUGUGAAAUCCAAGCCACGUCAGAAUGUGUCAGCGUGCAUGAUAGUGAACGAGCAGGAGGUUCGAUUCCAACUCGACAGUGCUGCAGAUGUGAACACUAUCAAUCAGAAGUUUGUGAGAAAAACUCAAGUUCGACCUACAUCUAUAACAUUGAAGAUGUGGAAUAAGUCAGAUUUGAAACCCCUUGGUGAAGCGGAUCUGGAGGUGACUAAUGCGAAAACUGGUGAGGCACACAAUGUGACUUUUGUGGUGGUACCUAAUGGGCUAAUGUGUCUUCUUGGACUACAGACAGUUCAAGAAAUGGGACUAGUAACAAUAAAUAACAGCAAGAUUAUUGCUGCUGUGAACCAACAACAACUUGGAGAUCUCGGUGAAGCAUCUCUCAAGGUCAACCCGGAGAUACCUGCGAAAGCCUUGCCAUGUCGUAAAAUCCCUAUCGCACUACAGGAUGAGGUCAAACGCGAGCUCGACUCAUUAGUCGCGCGCAAUGUUCUCGUACCAGUCACAGAACCUAACACAUGGGUAAGUCAAAUGGCAGUUGUUCACAAGUCGAAUGGAAAGCUGCGCAUUUGCAUCGACCCUCAAGCCCUUAACACGGCGUUGAUGCGUGAACACUACAAACUCCCAGUGUUGGAUGAUGUAUUGCCAAAGUUAAGCAAGGCUAGAUGUUUUAGCAAGCUAGAUGUCAAGGACGCAUAUUGGCACGUGAGACUUGACGAGGAGUCUAGCAAGCUCACAACCAUGAUAACCCCUUUCGGUCGUUUUCGUUGGGCGAGACUACCUUUCGGACUCAAGGUGUCCAGCGAAAUUUUCCACAGGAAAAUAACUGAAGCGUUAGGUGACUUAGAUGGAGUCUUCACGAUAGCGGACGACAUCAUUGUAGCCGGUUGCGGAAGCGACGACUCAGCAGCUAAUCGCGACAACGACCGGAAAUUACGCUCUCUCUAUAAGCGGUGUAAGGAGCAGAACAUCACUCUAAAUGAGGAUAAAAAGGCUAUUGGCCUACGCGAGAUUUCAUUCCAUGGUCACUCGAUAACCAGUGAUGGUGUGAAGCCCGAUGACAAGAAGAUCAAGGCAAUUAUGGAGAUGCCAGCUCCCGAGGAUGUCUCUGGUGUGAAACGAUUUUGCGGAGUUGUGCAAUACAUGGCCAAGUUUCUACCAGACCUCGCGAUCACUUUGGAACCCAUUCGUGCAUUGACGCGCAAAGAUGUGGAGUGGAACUGGUCUAAAGACUGUCAAACCGCGUUCGACGAAGUAAAGCGCAAACUCACGAAAGCACCCGUAUUGGCUUAUUUCGACGCCAACAAGGAAGUCGUUGUUCAGGUCGACAGUAGUCAACAUGGAAUUGGCGCCGUACUGGUGCAAUGUGGACAACCCAUAGAAUUUGCAUCACGAUCCCUAACGACAUCUGAGCGAAACUGGGCACAGAUAGAGAAGGAGGCCCUGGCGAUACUUUUUGGUCUCGAGCGUUUUGAUCAGUACACGUAUGGACGAGCCGUUACAAUCCAAAAUGAUCACAAACCGUUAGCAUCGAUACUGAAAAAGCCACUGAGUGAUGCGCCAAAACGACUACAGAACAUUCUAGUGCGUUUGAACCGAUAUGAUUUCGAAUUCCACUUUGUGAAAGGGAUGAACCUGACCAUUGCUGAUGCGUUGAGCAGAGCUGAACUGGUUUCUGAAACUGAACCGCGACCGAGAAUCAUGUCUGUAAAUGCUUUCAGUAAUAUUCCCGAUGCAAGACUCGAGGAAGUCCGUGAGGCUACUGAAAAGGAUCCUGGGAUGCAGGAACUCGUAUCAUUGAUUCUGUGUGGGUGGCCUAGUGACAAGGCUAGCGUUCCCGCCGCUGGGAGACCCUACUUUGAUUUCCGCGACACGUUAGGAUAUCAUGAUGGUAUUGUGAUGAAAGGUGAAUCCGUAGUGAUCCCGCAAUCGUUACGCACGGACAUGAAAGCCAGACUACAUAGUGCUCAUCUUGCCUAUGAUAGUAUAGCAAGGCAGAAUCAGCCGUAA